AACGGAUACUUAUGUUAUUAAAAAAAUAUUAUUCUAGCCAUCUGAGCCAUCUGUCACAAUCGUAAAAAAUUACCACGACCACGUGUGUAUUUAACAGAACAGCAAACACACAUAUUAUUUUUAUAUAAUAUCGUAACAGGUAGUUUUUUAAUUCAAGAAACAAAUAAGUUUAUUUUAAUUGUUCCGUGAAGAUUCUGCCAAAUAUGGUUAAAAAACUUCAAGGGUUACAUUGCACAGUAUGUAACGUAUUCACAAAUUCUGAUAAUCAAUUAAAUGAACAUUUGGAGGGAUUUCGACAUUAUCAAAAUCAUAAGAAAAAAUCAAUGAGCUUAGUAUGCUGCAAUUGUGAAGCAGGUUAUAACUCUCGCAUUUACGUUCCAGUAAUUGCAGUAAUUUUUAUAACAAGUUAUAUUUUCUUCUAUGCUAUAAUUAGGUUGUUUAUGUAACAUUCACUAUGGUGAAUAAUAAUAAUGUUGAUAGCCAUUACGAUUAAUUUAACGACGCCUUAAAUUUCGCGCCAUAAUUUUAAUUGGCGGAGAAGUCGUUCCCAAGCGUUCACGGCUUCUAUGCGCACGAACGAACGCGCAGAACAAUGAGGUAGCAGCCAUUUUAUGUCGGUGUCUAAGAAAAACAUAAUUCGAAUGGCCAAUCUUAACGAAAUUGUGUAAUUAGUGCUAUAAUUUAUGUGUUUCUGUACACGCUACUAUAAAUAGGUGUUUCUUUACUUAUGUGGCAGAAUUAAGAAUGGGCGGGCAUCACCGUAGUCGCCAUUAGUUUCCCCGCUCACUGGGGCGUCGGGGGUGUGGCGCGGGGCGUGGGCGUCCCCGUGCCGCCCCCCGGCGACCUACUCGCCACCAUCUCCAUGUUCGAGCAGCAGAUCAAGGCCGAACCCAUGAGCUUCUACACGCCCCACUCACACGUCCAUACCGGUCCCCCUACAAUCGUCCGCUCAGACUCCAACCAUCCUAGUAUCAUCAAUAUGCACCAUCACCAGGAAGACUCGAAAGACAGCCUCAUAGUCCAACAACAAGUACACCAACAAGAAAUGAUGGAGCAUCAACAACAGGAUAUGCAACAGGAUGAUGAGGGCUUGGAUGAUCUGAGAGUGCAGCAUCAUCGUCACCAGCAGGAUUUGAUAGACCAGCAACAUGAUGAUCAGUUGAGCUUCAAAGGCAUGGAUGAUGAUGGAGUAGAAAUGGAAAUGGAUGGUCGCCAGUGUUCUCAGGGUAUGGGUGUGGAUUUGGGGUCAGUUCAGACUAAAAUGGAGGUAUCGAAUGGGGGUCAGUCGGCACCGCGAUCCAAACCGCAAGCCUGUAAGGUUUGCGGCAAAGUCCUGUCGUCUGCGUCGUCCUACUACGUCCACAUGAAACUGCACUCUGGAAACAAACCCUUCCAGUGUACGGUUUGCGACGCGGCGUUUUGUCGCAAGCCCUACCUGGAGGUGCACAUGCGCACGCACACAGGCGAACGGCCCUUCCAGUGCGAUCUGUGCCUCAAACGCUUCACGCAGAAGUCCAGCCUUAACACGCACAAGCGCGUCCACACCGAUGAGCACAUGCGCGCGUUGAUGGUGAAGGACCGCCCCUACAAGUGUGAGCUCUGUCAGAUGCGGUUCACGCAGAGCUCCAGCCUCAACCGCCACAAGAAAAUACAUACGGAGGAACACAGGCGCGCGCUGCUGGCUAUGGAACGCCCGUACGAAUGCGGCAUCUGCUUUGUGAGAUUCACCCAGAAAUCGAGUUUGGGCCGGCACGGAAAAAUACAUACCGAGGAGCACAGACGAGCCCUGUUAGAGAAAGUGCGGCCGUACCAGUGCCACAUCUGUUUUAUGCGCUUCACUCAGAAGUCCAGCCUGGGCCGACACGGCAAGAUACACACUGAGGAGCACAUCCAAUCGCUGAUCAACAAAGUGCGCCCCUAUCAGUGUGACAUCUGUGACAAGCGGUUCACUCAGAAGUCCAGCCUGGGCACUCAUAAACGUAUACACACCGGCGAGCGCCCGUUCCAGUGCACCGUCUGCCUCAAGUCCUUCACGCAGAAGUGCGCGCUCAAUUUGCACGAAAAAAUACAUACGGGCGAGCGGCCCUAUCAGUGCGACGCGUGCCUCAAGCGCUUCACGCAGAAGUCCAGCCUCAAUAUUCAUAAGCGGACGCACACAGUCCAGGGCAGACCGUUCCAGUGCCUGUCGUGUCCCGCGGCCUUCACGUGCAAGCAGUACCUGGAGAUACACACGCGCACCCACACCGGCGAGCGACCCUAUCAGUGCGACAUCUGCCUCAAGCGGUUCACGCAGAAAUCCAGUCUCAACAUUCACAAGCGAACGCAUUCAGUUCAAGGGCGGCCGUUCCAGUGCCUGUCGUGUCCGGCUGCGUUUACAUGCAAGCAGUACUUGGAGAUCCACAACCGCACGCACACCGGCGAGAGACCCUACCAGUGCGACGUUUGCCUCAAACGGUUCGCGCAAAAAUCCACACUGAAUAUACACAAAAGAACGCACACAGUGCAAGGUCGGCCGUACCAGUGCAUGGAGUGUCCGGCCGCGUUCACUUGCAAGCCGUACCUGGAGAUCCACAUGCGCACGCACACUGGCGAACGCCCCUUCGAGUGCGACGUCUGUUUCAAACGGUUCACCCAGAAGUCCACGCUCAACAUUCACAAGCGAAUCCACACCGGAGAACGGCCGUACGCUUGUGAUAUUUGUCAAAAACGAUUUGCUGUGAAGAGCUAUGUAACAGCUCACAGGUGGUCUCACGUGGCAGACAAGCCCCUGAAUUGUGACCGCUGCUCGAUGACGUUCACAUCCAAGUCGCAGUUCGCGCUGCACAUCCGCACGCACUCGGCUGGCUCCUGCUACGAGUGCAGCGUGUGCGGCCGCACCUUCGUGCGCGACAGCUAUCUCAUACGCCACCACAACCGCGUGCACCGCGACAACCACAGCAACGUGUCUGCCAACAGCAUCGCAGGGCUGGCCGCCGCCAACAACUCCACUAACACCAGCUUCGACUCCUCCGCCUGCGACUUGAGCUUCGUGCCGAUGGUGAAUCGCUACAUGACGUCACAGGGCACGCAGGUGUCGAUGCAGGACACGCCUUCCAAGAUGUCGGCCAUGUCGCCGCAAUCCAUCGCCUCUAUUUCUUCGCCCCCUCCUCCGCAUACGCCAACGCCCCAGCCCCAGAUGUCAGGGCAGAUGCACCUCGCUGACUGAUCGCCGGAAUACCUCUCGGUUGAUUAAGGGCAGCCGGAGUACAAUGAAAAUAAUCGGCAGCCAACAAAGGGAGCAGCUAUAUUGAAACAAGACCGACAAGAGACCGAGAGAAGGCAGCUGCAGACCAGAUCGUCGACAUGGACGUAUGCACAUGUUAUAGUUUAGUUUCGUUGAGUAUUUAUUUAUCCAGUGUUGAGUUCGUCGGCCGCGAUGCGAGAGGCGGGCAGUGGAACAUAGUGGGGUGGUGAGCGCCAGUGAGGCAGUGAGUGAGCGUGCGAGACGCAGACGGGGUUGGUUACGCUUGGGAUCCCUCGGGCAGCACCGGAGGACAUCACAGUCGGAGUAGAGUAGUCACGUAGCGGUACCGCCUAUGAUAAUGCAUUGUGAUUUAUACCCACAACUGUGAUUUAUCCAUACCAUCACGAUUAUAUUAAUUCAGUGGUGGCAUUCAUAAAUCAAUACUUAAAAGUCUCAUCAUAGAUUGUAGGCCUAAAUUUUUGAUCUCAUAUUCUAAUUUGCUUAGGGAUAACUUUUGGAAUCGUGAAUGGUAAAUCUCCAAUUUGAAAUUCUAAAUUUUGAUGUUCGUCAUUCGCUUGUCAUACACAUACUUCAUUAGUAGUAGUGAAAUGUAACAAUAUCUUAUUGCGAUGCUUUAACUUAGAUCGUGUCAGUGUAUAUGAAGUUCAGUAAUUUUAUAGAGCUGUUACCGGAGAGGUAAAGUAUUUUGAUCAGUGAAAAUUUUAAAGGACUCUUAGAUAAUACUCCUCGUAAAUAAACCAUAAGAUGCUUUAAGUAAACUCAGGUUCAUAUAAUAAUAAGAAGUACAAAUAAACCCACAAACUUGCAGAGUCCUCAGAGGCAAUAUGAAAGCUUCACAAAAUUGAUAACUUUAAUAUGAUGUUUAUUGGAGAAAUCCAGAGAAGUGCCUGUUGCAACAUAAAAUUGGCAAUAUUUUGUAAUCGUAUUACGUUGAGAGUAAUGUUAUGUUCAGUGUUCAAUGUAGAGCGAGCGCCGCGCGCGGGCCGGGCGCGCUCGCCGGUAUCAUUUGUGAAGCUUCUUACUAAACUUUGUGUGCCUUCUAGCGGAUAGCGACAUUAGGCAAUAUCAAUCAUAACACCAUUGAUACUUCAUAUUGUAUAUCUAAUCUCCGACGCGGCGCGAGUAUUCGCGAGCGGGGCGGGGUGGUCUCGCGGCAUAGUAUACACGAUGUUAGCGUUCAGUGUUCACCAUGUAGAUUGUAAUAAAUAUUGCCUUUUCAUUUUACAAAGAUUUUGGUGCGAUGCCAAUCUGUGUAUUUCCGUACUGUUUCGAAUAAUAGUGUUUACGAAUAGUGUUAGCGCAGUAGUCUUCCAAUACCUUGAGACAGUCGUGCACAGGAGUGCGGCUAGAGUGUCCGCUGCGGGGGUUCCUUAUGGUUUGCCAUUAUUGAUAUCAAAGAUAGAUUGGUGCCAUUUCUAUGUAAAUGAUGUGGUAGAGUAAGUUUAGUUAGGUCUGCAGGUCAGGGUACCAUUGGAAAUAAAAUAUUGUAGCCUUCUCGUAAAGUGUUAUGUACCGACUUUAUACUUUAUUUUAUUUUAUACUGAGUAUAUUUUUAUUAUUCUCCAAGUUGUUGUUUUCAUAUACAUUAUUUUAUUUCCACAUUGUUGUGUGUGUCCAUGUGCUGGGUCGAAAUUUGUAAAUAUCGGUAGGAUUUAUUUAUUCAAUACCUAUAUCGGGAAGAAAGGAUCCUUAUUCAGUUAGAAGCGUGUGAUUAGUUGAAAGAAAAGAGUCUCGCUCUACGAUUGUAUAAUGAAUAUUGUCGAACUGAGAUCUACAUAAUUGGAGGUAAUGUUAGAGCAUUAGAGCAGAACUAAUACUUUGGGUACUAUAAAUCAAAAUUUCCUCGUAGAUGUACAUAUACAUACAUAAAAAUAAUAUAUACAUAUGAAUGUUGUUUGAUAGUCCUCAAUAUUUUUUUAUAUUUUGAUAGUUCUGUAUUUGAAGAAAACACGAGAAAAAAUAGGCCAAUAUCUCAAUUAUCAUUUUAAAUAAAUGAAAAUGUACACGAUACUAAUAAGAUACAUUACAUAUAUUAUAUAAAGUAUGCAUUUAGUCUCCCAGAAAAGUUAGGGGGUAUCGUCUUACUUCCGUGUUUUUGAAAUUCUCCUACAUUUUAGUAAGUUUCUUACCAAGCCAUUGAUAACAGUAUUAUUUAGAGAAACUAGAACUUUGGUUUAAUGAGUAGAGUAACUCUUGCAGCUACCAUUAUGGAUCACCAUUGAAGUGUAAACCAGUUUAUCAAUAGUUGUAGCCGCACUGGGCGUGUGGCGUGAGGCGUGCCCGGUGUGUACCAUAUGUUAUCAAUAGAAUAUUAUAUUAAAUGGAAAUAGAACACCAACAUAGUGACCUAGGUACAUAUGAAGAUACAUAUAUAAAAUGUAUAUUUUAUCUAAUCUACUUCGUGACUCGGCGAGGGCGACUGUGUCUUCACAAAUUCUAGAAUUAGUAAUAUAUUUUUGUUAUUAUAUUUUCACUUUCUUUAUGAUUGUUUUCCUUACAUUGACCUAUCGUUGCCUCGCCCUGGCCGAGUCAACAUUGAAGUUAAAAAUCGUCCUCUUUACUCACGAAGUAUAUUCCGAUGUUCUCGUUGUAUAUUGUCAUUGAGAUACGUUCGGGAAUUAAUAUACAGUUCCCGAGGUAUAUAUUUCGUGAUUAAAUAGGACAGUAGAUACAAUGGCAAAGAAAUGCACAUUGCAUGAGGACCUCUGGACUGGUUUAUUGCAAUUUUCUUGUUCAGUGUUCAGAGGAUAUGCACCGUGCAGAUCUUCGUCAUGCAAACUAUUUUACAUACCGAUGUUAGUUACUAUAUUUAGAAAGUAAUACUGAGCCAUUUGAAUUUACGUAAUCGUAAAAGUGUUAUACGUUUGUAUCUCUUUCUCUACUUAUUUUUGAACCGUAGUAAGACUGAAUUACUUUAAACGGAAGGAGUCCACAACGUUAUAAAGAAUACUCACAGGAAAUAUUGGCAACGUUAGUUUGUGUUUGUUGAGUUUGUUGUUUACCAUCGUAGCGGUUGUGGCGAAGGACCAACCAGUUAUCGGACAGUGUUUAUUUGGUUAGAGAAAUCGUACAUAUCCUUAUCCAUGAAUGUAAUGUAUACUUCCUUCCCGAGCAGAGGCGGGAGGCGGGCUAGUCUAGGGGGCCGCGGCCGCCGACCACUUACACUUGAUCGUGGUAGUUUUAUGAGCAAAUAACAGUGAGCCUUGUGUAAUCAUAAUGUCUAAGGUACAUAUAUUUAGUUUUAUGGUAUCGUUAGAUUUACGCGAACUUCCGCUUUGCCAACAUAUUGCGUUGCUUACAUUAUAAUCAUUAUGAGAGUACAGCCUAAGGAUUUUAACUUUUUUUAUAUACUGAGAGCUAUUUCUAAGUCACUGUUUUUGACUAUUUGUAUUUACGCUAAACAAAUUAUAUUCUCGGCUGUAAGCCACCUUAACAAGUUUUCGAGUAAUUUACAUAUUUAAUUCCAAAGUUUCUAUUAAAAUUCUAUAACAAGCAUCAUGGCAUGAUGGUUGGCGCGGUCAUUUAGUCAUAGCUCUUCAGAGUUUUAACGACCAAUAUUUUAGCUACAACUGUUUUCUUUUCUUUUAUUGUUAAAAUUUUUAGGCUAGUUUAUAUUUUAAUAAGUUAGAUUUGUUAACUGUGGUGUAUUCAAUUGCACGUGAAUAUAAUAUAGCUCUUACAGCCUUCCGCGGGAGGUAGCUUAGUUGUUUUGAUAGUCUGAUGCGAUUGUGAUAAAAUUGAUUAAUUAUUAUGGUUUAUUUAUCGACCUGAAAAGUCUUAAGAAUGUAUUCUUAACAUUGUUUAUUGUUGUUAGUUUGAGUAUACCAAUGCAGAGGCGGGCGUAGGAAAGCUGUGAGAGCGUUUAUGUAGUCAGCAUUAUGUAUAUGCUUUAAUGUGAUUUUUUAAAUGUACUCUUUAUUAUAGUCUCAUCAAUCAAUAUAAUUAGCGAACUAACAAAGCAUUUUAAAUUUUUUUGAGUUCAUAGUGAUUUAUAUUGAGAUCAAAAUAAAUACAGAGUUUAUUUAAUUUUAUGGAAAAGUAUACAUUGUAAAAUUAUUCUUUAGUGCUCAUUUUGCAGAGCUCUAAUAAAGAAGAAACUAUAUGAAUGCAAAAUAACAAGUCACGAUUCUUUUAGAAGCCAUGUAGUGGAGAAAAAUAAACGUGCCAUGAUAUUUGUGGCUA